CAAAAAUUUUGUUCACAUUGUUGAGUCUUGUAAAACAUGAAUACUCACAGUUCUGAAGAGCCACACCAUCAAGAUGAACUUCCUGAGAAGAAAUUAUCAGUUAUAAAGAGAGUAAAAGCUAAAGUUAAAAAGAUUAAAGAUAAUAUUGGUUCUAAGAUACAUGGUCACGACCACGAACACGAUCCUGAACUUGAUCUCGAUGAUGAUGACGAAGAAGAAGAAUUUCUCGAAGCACUUGAACAAGAUGCACAAGUUCAUGCAGAACCUUUGCACCAAUCAGAUGAAGUUAAGACUGGAAGCAAGCAUCUUAAUGUAGGAACAACAGCGUCAAAAGUAGAACAUGGAGGUUUAGGGCCAACUCGGGAAUUCGAGGAAAUAGGAGUCCCCAAACCGAAGAGGAUGGAUUCCAGUGAAAAGGAAACUUCUUGCCCUGCCAGGCUGCAUUUUGGUGAAAAGGAGAAUACAGAACAGGCUGGGUCCAAAUUGGGAAUGUUGAGUGAAGCUCCUAAGACCAGUUUGGAAACUUCCACACCACUGGAGGUGGAUCCUUAUGUACCUAAGGAUAGAUCUGGAACUGACUCAUCCGGAUAUAACCAGCCAAAAGUCUCGGAUCCUACAAGCGCAGGUGCUAAGGAAGCAAGUGUAGAACGCAUAGUACAAUCAUUUGAGAAAAUGGAUUUCCUCAAGGAACCUGUACAAAAAGCUACAUUCACUGGAACAGAUUGUUCCAAGCAAUUUUAUCCGGAUGCAACAACCGAACCAACUGCUAGUUAUAAAGCAACAACUCCAGAUAAUGCAGAAUUAUUCCAUGAUCAAGGCUUCAAGGAGACUGAACCUGAUAACGUGAAUGUAGAUGAAGAAACCAGCAAAAAACCUGAGAAAAUCACUUCACCAACGGGAGACUGUGCUGGCUCUGCAGCCUCAACUAUUCCUGGUACAGCAAUUUCCGCAAAAAAAAUUGUCGCUUCAGAACUCGGGUAUAGUGGAGAUGAUAAAAGUAAUGCUCUCGUACAUGAUAUUAAGCUCAUGGAAAAUGAAUGCACAAGCAUUGGUGAUCAGACCAAGUCGUCCACUACAGCAGCGGGUGAUUACGGUCGAAAAAUUGCUAAAACAGAUGAAAUGAAUGUGGAUGAAGAACUUAAUGGAAACACUAGUUACACUGAGAAGAUCCCUCUUGGAAUGUCUCAUAUUCCUGUAUCUGAAGCAACAACUAAGAUGGACACGGCGGAUUCUGCAGAUGAUGUUGUCUCCUCAAAGCUUGGGUACAGUGGAAAUGACGAUAGCAACGUUGCCACAAAUGAUAUACUGUUGGUGGACAGUGAAAGUAUGAGCAUUAGUGAACAAAGCGAGUCACCGACUGUAACAUCGGGUGAUUAUGGACAAGAAGUUGCCCAGUCAGAUGACAUGAAUGUUGAUGACGAACCAAAUAGAAACCCUACUUACACCGAGAAGAUCAAAGCUGCUACGUCCGCUAUUGCCGGUUCUGCAGCAUCAACUAUUACCAGUACCGCAAUUUCUGCAAAAAAUAUUGUCGCCUCAAAACUUGGGUAUAGCGGAAACACUAGUAACGUUGACACACAGGAUACCAAGUUAAUCGACAAAGAAGGUACAAGUAUCGGUGAGCAGAACAACUCAUCGACUGCAACAAUGGAAAAAGAAGGUACAAGCACUGGUGAGCACACCAACUCAUCGACUGCGGCAGUUGGUGACUAUGGACAACCAAUUGCUAAACUAGAUGACAAUCCUGAUAGAAUCUCUAGUUUCACCGAGCAGAUGCCUUCUGCGAAGUCCGCUAUUGUCAUUUCUGAAGCAUCAACAAUUAUUGAUUGUGAAGUCUCAGCAAACGCUGGUGGCACCUCAAAACUUGGAUAUAGCGGAAAUGACAACAGUGAGAUUGCUGCAAGUGAUGCAGAGCGGACGGACAAAGAAGCCACAAGCAUUGGUGAGCAGAACGAGUCGUGGAGCGAAACAGUUGGUGAUUAUGCAAACCAAGUUGCCAAGCCAGAUGACAUGAAUGUGGUUGAAGAGCCAACUAGAAACUCUAGUUACACUGAGAAGCUGAAGUCUGCCACCUCUGCUAUUGCCGGUUCAGCAGCAUCAACUAUUACUAGUACAGCAAUUUCCGCAAAAAAUAUUGUCGCUUCAAAACUUGGGUAUAGUGGAAAUGACAAUGGUAAAGUUGCCGCGGAGGAUUCAACUUCGAUUGACAAGGAAGGUACAAGUAUAGCUGAGCAGACCAAGUUGUCGAAUGCAGCAGAGGGUGACUAUGGAAAACAAAUUGCUGCGACUGAAAACAUAGCCCUGGUUUCUGAGAAAGAUGCAAAAGCUGGAAUAAUUGCUGUGCCAAACAAAACUGGCACUGACACAGAUACCGGCAUGAACACGAAUUCUACGACGGAUCUAGGUACUGAAACGGGUACUGGUGGAGUAGGUUUUGCAACUGAGCAAGAUAAAAGUACAUCAGUGAAGGACUAUUUAGUGGAAAAUUUAAGUCUUGAGGAUGAAGGUAAACCAUUAUGUGAAGUGCUAUCAGGUAUUAUGCAUAAAACAAAAGAGGAAUUUCCAGAGAAAGUCGCCGAGAACAUAAAUAAAGUAACAGAAUCACCAGAAGUAGCUAAGAGAUUAGGAACUGAUGAUUAUCAAUGGGAUGAUGAUGAGGGUUAUGGAAAUAAUGGAAGUAGUACUGGUGCAGGAAGUGAGAGCCCACCUGUCAGCAAGAAUUUGGGUGAUGAAGGUUAUGGGAAUAAUGGAAGUAUUACUGGUGUAGGAACUGAGAGCACUGCGAGUAAGAAUAUGGGUGAUGAAGGUUAUGGGAAUAAUGGAAGUAUUACUGGUGUAGGAACUGAGAGCCCAACUGCGAGCAAAGGAAUGGUUGACAGGGUAAAAGGAGCAGUUAAUUACUUCUGGCAGAAAAAGGAUACUGGUGAUCAAAUUAACGCUGAUGAACAUAAAAUUUCCAAGGGAACCACCACUGAUGAGAUGAUAGUUUCAGAGGGUAGCACCGAAGAAAAGAAGGAUGAAAUCCAUAAUUUUACUACUGCAACAGUUGCACAUUAGGGGGAGAAUUCAUCAAUAUUGUGUCUGAUGAGUCAAAAAGUGACAGCCCUUGUUUUGUUUACUGGUGGACAUCAAAGGAUUGCUAAGAACCCUUUGUUUUGAAAAUAUGUGUUUGUUUUGAAACCUACUCAGUGUCAGUGAUCAUAUUAGUACAAGGUAAGGAAAUGUAAGAAUGAUACUGACACACUGUUUAUGUAGUUCGCAUACUUCUGUGUGCUAGUAGAAAUCAGUGAGAAUGUAACUUUUAUUUGUCUCUUUAAUGUGCAGUCAAGUUGUUUUAAA